GCACGCCUGACAUGGGCCUUAUGUACCACACAACCACACGAGGAAGAAAGAAACAGCAGCUCGGAGUGAGAAAUCAUGGCAGAUGACAAGGGUUCUCUGGGCCAGCUGAAGGACCUGAUGGAGUUGAAGGACCAGCUGGAGGAUAUCCAGAGAAGAGUGGAGGAUGAAAUUCAGAUUGGGGUUCCUCCGGGCGGCAGUCUGCUGGGUUCUCCUUUCCUGAAGGGCUUCCUGGCCGGGUACAUUGUUGCCAGGCUGCGCUCGUCAGCGUUGUUGGGUGUGGCUGUAGGAACGUGUACCGGCAUCUACGCAGCACAAAACUACGCCGUGCCCAACGUCGAACAAACCGUCAAAGACUAUAUCAGCAGCCUGAAAGGCGGAAGGAAAUAAGAGCAGAGGAGGAGAGGAAGACGAGAGAAGAAUGGAGGGGAGGACGAGUACAGAGAGGUCAGGAGAGAAGAGAGAGAUCUAACUUGUGCCAGUACUCUGUAGCUGCAGACAGGAAUGUUAUGAAUUUGAAAAUAUUUCCAGUGUUUUGACUGACACAUCACUUCCACAUAGAUGACGAAACUCAAAAACUAAAAGCCAGCUUAAUCUUAAAGGUAAAACAGAUCCUUUUAAUUUGUUUUUGAAUUCAGUUUAAAACUGUUUAUCUGAACCCUUUCGGAACUGAGUGAACGGAAUGAGUGAAAGACAUUCAAAAAAGUUGAAAAUAGUAUGCAUGUACUCUUGGAAACAUCUAAAAGUCUCUGCAUUUCCUUCUUAGUGCUGUCAAUAAUUGAGAUUUAGGCAAAGCACUCUCAAAAUAAGAAUUUCUAUUCUAAUUUGCACAGUUCUCUUAAUGGUAAUAGUCACAGAUGUGGGAGACAGUGUGUAGAAAUGUGCUGAGGAAACUUAUCAGCACAGCUUCUGUGUGCAGCUCAGUAUGAAAACACUGGCGGUCCAACUGCUGAGCGCUGCCUAAAGCCAGUUCAGGUUAUUGUUAGUUUACAUGUUUGGGAGUCAGUGUGACGUCUGUGCUGUGCGCUGCUUAACUACCUUUAUAAGGAUGUGGAUGACAUAUCUGUAAACACCACACACUCCUGCUUCAUGUGGCUUUAGGUUGAUGUUGCACUUUGGCUAAACAUCUACAGUUUUAAGCCACACAUCUGUAUGCCAAAAUGAAAUAUUACUUUAAACAUGUAGUUUUUAUUGCACUUCCUUGGGUUUGGGGUAGGGUGGGGUAGGGUGGGGUGGGGUAGUAAUACAUAUUAAUUAGUAGGGCUGCCAAGGGUGCCUCGUCUGGAGUCUGGAUAUCAUGUAAUUAGGGCUGGGCAAUAAAUUGAUUAAUUCAAAUUUCUGUUUUAAAGUGAUGCAGAAGCACUUCGCAAAAGCAAUUCAUUCAUCUAUAUAGACAAUAAAAAUAUAGAUUAAUGUUGUGAAAAGGCCCCAAAAAAAAAAAAAAAAAAAAAAAAAAAAGGUUUUUGGCCAUAUUGCUCAGCUCUAACUGUAACCAUCUCUUGUCAUAUGUGCAAUAGCCUGAUGUGGAUGUGGUUUUCUGUUUAAUUGAGUUGUUCUGUUCUUGUUGUGAUUUUAAACAGUGCUGUUAAAAAAAAAAAAAAGCUGAACUUCUGGUGUCUGUAUUGUGGGAAAAUGCAUUUAAAGUAUUAAAUGCAGACUAGAGUGUUUCUU